AUGAAACGACUCGUCGUUGGUCAGAUCAAGGGAGCCAGACCGUCCCCGCUGCCUCUCCGGAUUGCUCGUUGCUACUCGACGCAUCCUCCGAAUGCGAAGCUGAACCUGCCCAUCGACUACUCGACAACACCCCUGCUGGCGCACAGCAAGAGGCCGGCCCUCGGAAAUGCUAGCGAGAUCCCCGCCGAGGUCCGCAACGGGCCGACCAAGAAGAUGAACCUGUUCCAGGCGAUCAACGAUGCGCUGGGGGUCGCCCUGGCUGAGGACGACAACGUCUUGAUCUUUGGGGAAGACGUGGCCUUUGGGGGCGUGUUUCGAUGCACCAUGAAGCUGGCCGAGACAUACGGCGCGGACCGAGUCUUCAACACGCCCCUCACGGAACAGGGCAUCAUGGGAUUCGGCAUUGGCCUGGCGGCACAGGGCAUGCGGCCGGUGGCCGAGAUCCAGUUCGCCGACUACGUGUACCCAGCCUUUGACCAGAUGGUCAACGAGGGCGCCAAGCUGCGGUAUCGGGAGGGAAGCAACGGCCCGCACGCCGGCGGCCUGACGGUACGGAUGCCGUGCGGAGGCGUCGGCCACGGCGGCCUGUAUCACUCGCAGUCACCGGAAAGCCUCUUCACCCACGUCCCGGGCUUCCGGGUCAUCAUGCCGCGCUCGCCCAUCCAGGCCAAGGGCCUGUUGCUGGCGGCGAUCCGAAGCAAUGACCCGUGCCUCUUCAUGGAGCCCAAGAUUCUCUACCGAGCCGCCGUGGAGCAGGUCCCCGAGGCGGCGUACGAGCUGCCGCUGUCCAAAGCCGAAGUGCUCAAAGAGGGCAAGGACGUGACCGUGAUAUCCUACGGCCAGCCGAUAUACAACUGUCUGGCCGCCAUCCAGCGCGCAGAGGAGGACCUGGGCAUCUCGGCCGAGCUGAUUGACUUGCGCACCGUGUACCCCUGGGACAAGCAGGCGGUGCUUGAGAGCGUGCGAAAGACGGGGCGGGUGCUGGUGGUGCACGAGUCCAUGGUGAAUGCAGGCAUAGGCGCCGAGGUGGCGGCCGCGAUCCAGGAGGACCGGGACACGUUCGUGCGCCUCGAGGCUCCCGUGGGCCGGGUCGCGGGCUGGAGCAUCCACAACCCGCUGAUAUUUGAAAAGUUUACCCUUCCCGACGUUGCGAGAAUAUACGACAACAUCAGGAAGAGCCUGGCCUAUUGA